AGAAAACGAAACACAUUAAAACAAAAUCUCGUCCAUCUAUUUCAAUUAGAUCUCACAAGCCCCAGCGACCCAGCAAAGCCGAGAAACCCUAGAAUCUGAAAAUUCCCUCAGAAUAGAUUCGAUUCGAUUCGAUUUCAAUUUCGAUUUGGAUUGCUAGGGGAAGGAGAAUGGGGAAGAAGAAGAAGAGAGUAUCGUCGAAGGUGUGGUGCUAUUACUGCGACAGAGAAUUCGACGACGAGAAGAUUCUUGUUCAGCACCAGAAGGCUAAGCACUUCAAGUGCCACGUCUGCCACAAGAAGCUCUCCACCGCCGGUGGCAUGGCCAUUCACGUCCUCCAGGUUCACAAGGAGUCCGUCACAAAAGUUCCCAAUGCAAAACCUGGAAGAGAGUCGACUGAUAUUGAAAUAUAUGGAAUGCAGGGAAUUCCACCCGACAUAUUAGCUGCUCACUACGGAGAAGAAGAAGAAGAGUCUCCCUCCAAAGUGGCCAAAGUUGACACUCCUUACACUCAGCUUGCUGGAGUGGUGCCUGGACAAUUAGGUGUUGGCUAUCCUCAACCAACUUUAGGGGCAAUGCAGCCAAUCUACAGUUCUGCAGUACCCGUGCCUCCUGCUAGUUGGCCAGUGCCUCCUCGCCCACAGCCUUGGUAUCCACAGCAUACAGCCGUUUCAAUUCCUCCUGUUCCAGCAGGUUAUGUCCAACAGCCUUUGUUUCCUGUGCAAAAUGUAAGACCUCCUCUACCAUCAAGUACAUCUUCACUUCAACCAUCACAAGUAAUUCCUCCUGGAAUCCCUUUGUCCACACCACCUGUUGCUGUAUCUCAACCCUUGUUCCCUGUUGUUAAUAACCAUACACCCACUCAAAGUUCACCAUUUUCUGCUCCCAUUCCACCCACUACUAUUCCAGUUACCUCUUCAGCUGAAAUUAAAGGCUCAGUUGAUGCGACUGCAGGUGCCAGCUCAACUAUGGCCAGCAGUUAUUAUGUCCCAAGCAUGCAAGGUGGGACAUUACCCAAUUCACAUUCAUAUGCCUCAGGUCCCAAUACUAGUGGUCCUUCAAUUGGACCACCCCCUGUAAUAGCAAAUAAAGCUCCUGCCACUCAGCCUGCUGUUAAUGAGGUCUAUCUUGUUUGGGACGAUGAGGCAAUGUCCAUGGAGGAGAGAAGAAUGUCCUUAGCAAAGUAUCAGGUGCAUGAUGAGACUAGCCAGAUGAGCUCAAUCGAUGCAGCAAUAGACAGAAGGAUAUCAGAAAGCAGGCUUGCCGGCAGAAUGGCAUUUUAGGGAAGCUGGCAGAAUGGUGAUUUAGAGCAACCAGAUGCAGUCUAUGAACAAUUGUCGGAACGGUGGAUGAAUAGCUUCUCGUAUAUCAUAGAAUUUAAACUGCAAAGAAAAGGAGCCUCGGUAGAUUUUAGCCCUCACUCAUUCUUUGGGGUUGAAUAAAACAGUGCAAAAUUUAAUUUAGAUAUGAGUAAUUUUUUUUUUUGAAAUUUUAAUUUUUAUACUUGCAAGAAAGAUAGGUAGAAAAAGCCAUUUCUUGUUAAUCAGAGGAGUUCCAUUUUUUAGUUUUAAUGUUCUAACUUGUUUUUGGAUUUAGUUUAAAGCAUUUGUGACAUAAUUCACAUUGUUACAUAUUUGAUCUUA